UGAACUCGUUGUGUCAUUCGAUUAUGUUAACAGUACUUUUGCUAACGUUUUUCUAAGCGGACCGGCAAAAUUUGUUUUUGAAGGUAAAAUAAGAUAAUAAAAGAGUAUAUUUCAUGGGGAAUGGACUGGUAAGRUAGGGAGGGAAAGUAGUUAGUAUGUUUAUUUAUUUUAGUCGCUGUCGCUAGAUAUUAAACAAUUAUUCGCCAAAGGCUAAGUGAUUAUCGGUGAAUCAACCGAGUCCACAAGUUCUUCAAGCGGUGAUACAUACCAUAAUCGAUCACGGAGCGAGCCUAAGGCGAAUAAUUGUUUUAGUAUGAUUUUAGUUUUUAAUAUAUUAGAGAAAAGACGAGAAACUUCAAGUGAAUCUUUUCAGCAAAAUAGAUUCAAGUUUGCCUUUCCUCGGCGCAGAAAAACAAGCUCAUUUCGCAGCACUGCGAGAAAAAAUCAGGUUCCUGGGAUGACGUCACUGAGGGACUGGUGACCCUAUCAUAACAAACAAGAUGGCUGAAGGUUCUCGACUCUGACAUGUACAUCACGUUUAACACCGAAUGUUGCUUCAAUUGACRACAAAAAGAUACAAAACUGUGCUGAAAUCAUGGCACAAAAAACACGUUUACCUAGUAUGACUUCUGAACAGAUUAAACUUAUCCUAAAAGAAGUGCUUAGUGCUUUUGAUACACCAGGGAAUAAACUAAGAUUGUCCAUGAUYCAAGAAAAUGCUGGAGAUGAUCUGGUCGACAUGAUGCAGAACAUCAUACCUGCUACAGCAAGUAUACAGCAACAAGUAAUCAAGAACCAUGGCUUCAAUACUACAGAAGGAGUGCUAAAGUUCACCCAAAUGGUCCAGUUCUUUGCGAAAGAUGACCCAGAAAUGGCAGAAAUGGCUGAUAAACUCAGAAUCAAGUUUAUUCCACCAAUGCCAAAGCUCCCUUUSCUUGUARCUGGUACUGAYCCCACGUAAUGAAAUAUUAUCAUAACUAAAAGAAURCAAAAUGUAUAGGAUAAAAUUAUAUUGAAAAAUUGUGAAAAGUAUGAUCAUAGAUCCAUUAUUUGUUUGAAUAGAAUUGUCUUCAUUUUUGACUCA